AUGACCGACUCGACCACCGAUCCCCUCUCCAAUACACUUGCACCCAGCACAGCUGCAACCCUCACCAUCCGCGUGAUCAAGUCCUUCGAAUACCGCACCACCAAAAACCUCAUUCUCCACAACAUCGAUCUCACAGCCACCACAGUCGCCCAGCUCCGUGAACUGAUCAUCGAGAAGGUCAAAACCGCCCCCGGAUGGAAGCCCUACCAGAACGUCGUCUUUGAUACCCUCAAGCUGUACACGAAGGCCCAUGGCGCCAAGACGAUGAACUUGAUCAUCAACAUGGACCAUGACGAGGACUGGAUCCUGAGCAAGGAUAACGAGCUCCUGAUCGACCACGGCAUUGAAAACGAAACGGAGAUCUCAAUCUUCAACAGAGAGCUGUACGAGGCCUAUAAACAGCAUCCCGAUAUCAAGUGGUAG